AUGGUGGGUCCACUGCGUAAAUCCAAGGAGGGUGGCCACACCCUGGUCCUGGUCGCCAUCGACAAGUUCUCCAAAUGGAUCGAGGCCAUGCCGAUUACCAACCAGGCAGGCACAACUGCCGUCACUUUCUUCCGCUCGAUCGUCUUCCGUUUCGGAGUUCCGCACAACAUCAUCACCGACAACGGCUCCAACUUCAUCUCCAGCGAGUUUCGGAAUAAAGAAGAUGGGGAUACACCUCAAUUACGCCUCCCUGGAGCCUGGGUCGAGGAGUUACCCUCCGUCCUAUGGAGCCUGCGGACGACUCCAAACGGCUGCACAAACUUUACACCGUUCUUCAUGGUGUACGGCGCCGAGGCCGUCCUUCCUUUCGACGUCAGGUUCCACGCACCUCGAGCCGUAGAUCUUCAUGGAGGUGCUCUUUUCAUCAGGUCGAGUGCCUGA